CCCUAGGUGUAAUAAUCGAACGCCGAGAGCGUGCUGGACCAUAGGUGCUGGACUGGUGGUCAUAAAACGGAGAUCGAUUAGUCACGUCUUUACACUUGUUUCAAUGGACGCCUUUGACUUGUUUAGAAAGCUUGGGUCUGGAGCAAAGUUUGAUCUGAAAAGGUUUGGUAAAGAUGCAGAGCGAUUUAAGGUAGUGAAGUCUCAGAGCAAGGACAGCUCAAAUCAGCUGGCUGGAAUCAGCUUUUUUGGUAAAGAAACACAAGAGAACACAUCUCUGGAGUCCGGACUAAGUGAAGAUGAUGGUGAAGAAGGGAGUGAUGAAGAGCAGUCCUCUGGUAAACGGAAAUGGACUGAAACAGUGAAGACAGCACAAAAGAAAAAGAAAGGAGCUAAGAAAAAAUCCGAAGAUGCAGAGCCUGAGAAGAGCGAGGGAGAGGGCAUCCAAUGGAUGUCAUCCCAAGACAAGGCGAACGGCCCCAAGAAGAAGUCUAAAGACAAGCCCUCCUUAAAAAGACUGAAGCAGCUUCAUCAGGAGAAGGUGAAUCGAAUACGGCACCAAAACCGGAUUAACGUGCACGGGACAGACAUUCCAGAUCCUAUUUCCACUUUUGAAGAGCUGCAGAAGGAGUAUGAGCUGGACCCACGAAUCGUUCAAAACAUCAAGGCAGCGGGUUUUCAAACCCCCACACCCAUACAGAUGCAGGCCGUUCCUCUCAUGAUGCAUAAAAGGGAGAUCCUGGCAUCUGCUCCUACAGGCUCUGGUAAGACUAUGGCCUUCUGUCUGCCCCUGCUGGCCCACCUUCGCCAGCCCCUCAACAAGGGUUUCAGAGCCCUCAUCAUCUCCCCCACCAGAGAGCUCGCCACUCAGACUCACAGAGAGUUGCUCAAGCUGUCAGAAGGAGUGGGCUUCAGAGUUCACAUGAUCAAUAAAGGAGUUGAAGCUGUGAAAAAAUAUGGACCCAAGACAGCAAAGAAAUUUGAUAUAUUGGUGACGACUCCUAACAGAUUGAUAUAUUUACUAAAUCAAGACCCUCCUGCUAUCAACUUAAGUAGUGUGGAGUGGCUGGUGGUGGAUGAAUCUGAUAAGCUCUUUGAGGCUGGCAAGACUGGUUUCAGAGAACAGCUCGCUACUAUCUUCUUGGCCUGCAGCUCUCCUAAAAUCCGCCGGGUUCUCUUCAGUGCAACCUUUGCCACAGAUGUAGAGCAAUGGUGCAAACUAAACCUAGACAACCUCGUCUUUGUCAACAUUGGACCCAGGAACUCUGCAGCUGAGACCGUGGAGCAGCAGCUUCUGUUUGUGGGUUCAGAAAAUGGAAAGCUACUUGCUAUGAGAAACCUUAUAAAGCAGGGAUUUCUGCCACCAGUGUUGGUGUUUGUUCAGUCUAUUGACCGUGCCCGAGAGCUGUUCCAUGAGUUGGUGUACGAGGGAAUAAACGUGGAUGUGAUUCAUGCGGAUCGCACACAACAGCAGAGGGACAAUGUUGUGAGCAGUUUCCGUUCGGGGAAGAUCUGGGUGCUGAUCUGCACUGCUCUCAUGGCCCGUGGUAUUGAUUUCAAGGGCAUCAACCUGGUUAUCAACUACGACUUCCCUACCACUGCUGUGGAAUACAUCCACCGCAUCGGGCGAACUGGAAGAGCAGGACACAAGGGGAAGGCAAUAACUUUCUUCACAGAGGAUGACAAGCCUCUCCUUCGCAGCAUUGCGAAUGUCAUAAAGAAUGCUGGAUGUCCUGUCCCUGACUACAUGAUCGGGUUAAAGAAAAUCAAAAGCAAAUUGAAACGCCAGCUUGCAACAAAACCCCCCAGACGGUCAACUAUUCGCACGACUCCACGCAUUCUCUUUGAGAAAAAGCCCGGCAAGAGAAAAAGGAGAAAAAGAAAGGCUGCAGCAAAAGGCGAUGCAUCAGAAGUAAUUUCUAACAGCUGAUGUGGCACAUUGAGAGUGUUGUACAGACUGCUAUUUUUUUUUUUCUAUCCACAUUAUUGUCUCUAAUAAAGUGAAUGUUAACCAGACUGCGAGAAGAUCUUAUUAUGACAAUCAACAGUUUGAACAGAGCUUGAAAGUGCUGUUCCAUUUAACAUUUCAUAAAACAUUAGCACCAUAAACUGAAAGAGGGUCUCUUUAAUGAUUUGUUUUUAUCAAAUGCGAUUUAAACGCUGGUGCAGUUCAGACUUGUAAUGUCAAUCUCUGGUUUACAUCUCGUCAUUGUAUCGUGUGCAUGGUAUGUUGAGUUUCAAGCAUCAAAUAGUUUUUUGUGUUUUCAUCUCUGUGCCAUGUGAGAUGAUCACAAAACAGCCAAUCAGAAUAUACUGGAUGUUGUGGGGUGUUGGGCCAACGAGUUUUCAUUAUGUUCCCGGGGCCAUUUGGACCUGGUGAAACAUAAGCUUAUAAAACAGUCAUAACAUAAUAUUUCUUAACUAAAACCACAUUGUAUGUGAUCAGUAACUUAUUAAUAAGUGAUUGCACAAACAUUUGUCGUUACAGUGUUAUUACCAUGUUGUUAAUAAAUUUGCCCUGUUUUUAUUAAUAAAAUUAAUUGAUAUGUGACCCUGGACCACAAAACCAGUUGCACUGGUAUAUUUGUAGCAAUAGCAACAAUACAUUGUAUGGGUCAAAAUUAUUGAUUUUUCUUUUAUGCCAAAAAGCAUUAUUAAAUAAAUAUUAAAUAAAGAGCAUGUUCCAUGGAGAUAUCUUGUAAAUUUUCUACCGUGAACAUAUCAAAACUUAAUUUUUGAUUAGUAAUAUGCAUUGCUAAGAACUUCAUUUGGAUAAUUUUAAAUGUGACUUUCUCAAUAUUUUAUUUUUUUGCAUCCUCAGAUUCCAGCUUUCAGAUGAUCAAAAUUUGACC